GUUCGCUGGAGGCUGCGCGCGCACUCCGCAGUCCACUUGCUAGUGCGUCUGCGCGGUUCGCGGCGCGCUCGGAGCGCGGGAAUUUCGAAUUUAGAACUCGGUUUUUUCUUUUAAAUAUUUUUCGACUUGUGUGCCUGACUUUUUAGUGAUUGUUCUGUGUUUUCUUUUUAAUUUUUACUGCGGAGGCUUUGAUAGCUGGCAUGCUGCAGUAAUUAUGGGGCUUUUGAACUUAAGAUUGCUGCUGACAGCAGUAAUCGUUUUAAGUAAUUGUAUCACAUGGACGGCAUCGCGUCAUCACUAUACACACAAUGUAAAUGGUCACAGAAGUAGACACAGACGACAAGGCGCCGGGCUCUAUUUAUCAGCUUCGUAUAUCAUCCCGGGGGGCGAGGGGGGAGGCGGCUGGGGCGAAUGGGGCGAAGUAAGCCCCUGCUCCAGGACCUGUGGGGGCGGAGUCGCCAGCCAGAAGAGGAUAUGCCUCGAAAUUGGGCCAGAUGGGCUGCCCCGGUGUACAGGAGGAGACACAAAGUAUUUCUCCUGUCAGACACAGGACUGCCCCGAGGGUACCGUGGACUUCCGAGCUGAGCAGUGCUCACAGUUCGACAACGUCUCCUCUCCGGCUUUCAGAGGAAUAAAGUACAAAUGGGUCCCCUACACCCGAGGCCCGAACCCCUGCGAGCUGAACUGCAUGCCGCAAGGCGAACGCUUCUACUACCGCCACCGGGAGAAGGUGGUGGACGGCACUCUUUGCAACGAGGAAUCUUUCGAUGUGUGCGUGGACGGCAAGUGCCAGCCGGUUGGCUGCGACAGAAUGUUGGGUUCGACGGCGAAAGAGGACAAAUGUCUGAACUGCCGCGGCAACGGAGAGAACUGUCACACGAUACGAGGCGUGCUCGACUCUCAGGACCUGAGACAAGGGUAUAACGACAUGAUGAUCAUACCGAAAGGGGCAACAAGUAUCUACAUCACGGAAGCUGGAGACUCCAGCAACUACCUCGCUCUCAGAUCGAAGCUGUCGUCAAAGAACGGUACAUUCUACCUGAACGGUGACUACCACAUCGACUUCCCGAGGAGUAUGUCCAUUGCCGGAGCAACCUGGUACUACGAGAGGAACCAACAGGGUUUGCCUGCCCCGGACAGGCUGAGAUGCCAAGGGCCGAUCGACGAACCUCUUGUUUUAGUGCUCUUGCUCCAAGACCAGAACGUAGGAAUCGAAUACGAGUACAGCAUCCCGACUGCCCUGGCGCCGAAGCCCGACCAGCAAUACAACUGGGUGCAUGACGACUUCACGCCUUGCAGCGCCACCUGUGGAGGAGGUUUCCAAACCAGAAACGUGACAUGUCGCUCCCGAGAGGAGCUAGAAGUGGUCGACGACGCCCUCUGUGAGGAGUCUAUAAGGCCGCCUUCGAAUCAGACGUGCAACACGGACGCGUGCCCUGCACAGUGGGUGGAAGGUCCUUGGAGCCCGUGCUCGAAGCCCUGCGGUCAGGGAGGCUCGAGGUCAAGACAGGUGCACUGCCAGAAGAUUAUAACGAAUGGGUUUCCGUCAAUAGUAGCUGAUAAGGAAUGCUUCGACCUGCUGGGACCCAAGCCUGAGUUGUUCCAGGAAUGCAAUGGAGACUCCAACUGCCCCACCUGGUUCACUGGACCUUGGAAACCAUGCGACAAGCUAUGUGGAGAAGGCAAGCAGAGCAGACAAGUGGUGUGCCAUCAGAAGACUAACGGCAGGGUCCAGGUGUUGGGAGACGAACAGUGUCUUGAUGAGAAACCCUCCUCAGAGCAGAGCUGCAUGCUGCAUCCCUGUGAUGGAGUCGAUUGGGUACUUACGGAGUGGUCUGGGUGCGACAGCUGCCUCUCAAAAGUGCGGACGAGGUCAUCAGUAUGCGCGACUAAGUACAAAGAAGUGGUGAACGAUUCUUUCUGCGCGUACCAUCCCGAGCCAGUGCUGCAGGAAGACUGUGAUGAGGCGGAACUGCCCGACUGCGAGGUCCAGUGGUACGCCACGCAAUGGAGCAAUUGCUCAACGGACUGCGGUAAAGGCGUGCAGACUCGCAAAGUUUUCUGCGGCCUCUUCGAGAAGGACUCUGUCGUGAAGGUCAAUGACAGCGAAUGUGAACACCUGCCCAAGUACAACGAUACUAAACCUUGCGAGAUCCCGAAGGAGAAGUGCCCAGCAAAGUGGUUCACUGGACCUUGGAUUGCGUGCGAUAAAGAAUGCGGUGGUGGUGAGCAGCACCGGCGGGUGAUGUGCCUGAAGGAGAACAAGGAAGUGAACACUUGUGACUUCGACACUAUUCCGGACUCCACAAAGGCUUGCAACACCGGACCUUGCAAUGAAGAUGAAGUAUUACCUGUGGACUCAAAAUCUACGCCAAUCAUGGACGAUUAUGAAGACGAGGAUGAAGAUUGUGUGGAAGAGGGUGCUGAGGAAGAAAGCGAAGAAGAUGAAAAUUAUGAGGAACUUGGGGCUGAGGAAGCGUCGCUAUCAACGAUCGAUGAUAUGAUGUUCAGUGACUCUCCUUCUACUUUCGAAGGUUCAGGCUUUUCUUCAUUCAUGGAAUCGGACACUGGUUCAGGAGAUGUCACUGGGUCUGGAGAGAUUGAUAUAACGGAUAUAACAUCAGAAACUUCUUCAGAUUUAUCUUCAGAAAGUCUUGGAUCUACAGAGAGUACUAUGUCGGGAGCUACUGAAGAGACUUCCGAAUCUGGUCCUACCAGUGAAUCAGACUCUACCAGUGAAUCAGGUCCGACCGAAUCGGAAAGUUCUACUGAGUCUGGUCCAACGAGUGAGUCUGGAGCGACUGACGCAACUAUAUCAGAGGGAACUUCAGAAUCUGAUGCAACUGAUGUUACUGAAUCAAGUUCUACAGGAGAAACGAGUGAAUCUGGUGCUACAGAUGUUUCUAGUGAGUCUAGUAUCACAGAUGAAAGUGUGUCCACUGAUGCAACUGAAUCAUCAAGUGAUUUAAGUUCAAUAGAAGUGACAAGUGAAUUAAGUACAACUGAUGAAACAAGUGAAUUCAGUACUACUGAUGGAACAACCGAAUCAAGCUCUGAAACACUUGAAUCUAGUACAUCUGACGCAUCAACGGAAGUAACAUCAGAGUCAAGCGUCUCAGACUCAUCUACUCCUGAAUCUACAGAAGAAACAACAUCUAGUGAUACAAGUGAUGUUACAACGGAAUCUGGUUCGACAGAAGAAUCAGGAUCUACAGAGGAAACCUCUAGCGAUUCAUCGACAGAGUCUGGUGCUACAGAUCUGACUACUGAAAGUGGAACAGAAGAAUCUACGGUAUCUGGAUCUGAUAUAACUACAGAGUCUGGUAUGACUGAAGAAAGCACAACUUCUGGAUCUUCUGAAGCUUUAGGUUCUAGUGAAGGCGAAGGCACAGAAUCUACAGAGAUUAGCACGACAGAAACUGGAUCCGAAUCAACUGACCUGACUGAAACUACGGAAUCCGGCGCGACCGAAUCUACUGAUACCAGCGGAUCUACCGACUUCACCGAGAGUACUGUCACCGAAGACACCGAAAGUACAUUGGAAGGUUCAUCAACUACAGAAUUGAGCUCGGAGGAAUCCACAACAGAAUCUGAAGAAUCAUCACCUUGGGACUGGAGUACGACACUAGGAGUGACUCCUCGUGUGUGCAAGAGGAGGUCCAAGAAGUCCAAAUGCAAACGCACUGAGUUCGGUUGUUGUCCAGAUAACAGGACGCCUGCUGCCGGUCCCUUCGAUGAAGGUUGUCCAAACCCUGAGACAUGCAAGGAGUCCAAAUUUGGUUGCUGUCCUGAUGGCGUGUCACCAGCCCAAGGGGAGAACAACAAGGGCUGUCCGGUGCCUCCUUGUAAUGAGACUCUGUAUGGCUGCUGUCUAUCAGACAACAAGACUGCAGCGGAAGGAAACGACCAGGAAGGCUGUCCACCAAUGCCGCCAGCUUGCAAGACUUCUAAGUAUGGCUGUUGUAAAGAUGGAGAAACAGGUGCAACGGGUCCCAAGAAGGCUGGUUGUCCAGAAACAGAAGCUAAACAGAAAGCACAAGAGGAGAAGAAGAAAGAGAAAGAACGAAAGAAGGAAGCUGAAAAGAGGGCAAAGAUCUGCAAGAAAGCUAAAUAUGGGUGUUGUGCUGACAACGUCACCCUGGCGACUGGGCCUGACAAGAAGGGGUGCUCCUGCAACACUUCAGAGUUUGGAUGCUGUCCUGACAAUGUUACUGCAGCCAUUGGACCAGCUCUCGAAGGAUGCCUACCUGCCUGUAGCUCCAGCACAUUCGGCUGUUGCCCCGACAACGAGACCGCGGCUCACGGAUACGACCACGAAGGAUGCUGCUUAUUGUACCCUCAUGGAUGCUGUCCCGAUAACCGCAUGCCUGCUCAGGGACCUAAUCUUGAAGGUUGCCAUUGCCAGCACUCUCAGUACGGUUGUUGCCCAGACAACUCGACCAUCGCCAAAGGUCCCUCGAAUGAAGGAUGUGGCUGCCAGUACACAGAACACGGCUGCUGUCCAGACAACCACACACCAGCAUCAGGCCCCGAGUUCGAAGGUUGCGGCUGCCACACAUACCAAUUCGGCUGUUGCGACGACGGCGAACGAGUGGCUCAAGGACCCAACAAGCAAGGAUGCCAUUGCAGAGAAUCAGAAUUCGGCUGCUGUGGAGACGAUAAGACCCCGGCCACUGGUCCUGAGAACCAAGGCUGUGAUUGUUCUACCAGCAAAUAUGGUUGUUGUCCCGAUGGACAGACUGAGGCUUCUGGCACCAGGUUCAAAGGAUGCACCGAUGUGCCUGAGAACAAACAAGCCGCGUGCAGCCUGGCUUCAGACCGUGGAUCCUGCCGCAACUACUCAGUGUACUGGUUCUACGACAUGGAGUACGGUGGCUGCUCUAGAUUCUGGUACGGCGGCUGUGAGGGCAACGGCAACAGGUUCGCCAGCAAGGAGGAGUGCGAGGACGUGUGUGUACAACCUGCCCCUAAAGAUGCGUGCAAGCUGCCACAAGUGAAGGGCGCAUGCCUCGGCUACCAUCUGCGCUGGUACUACGAUCCCAAACUGGAGCGUUGUGGGCAGUUCAUCUUCGGCGGCUGUCUCGGCAACGCCAAUAACUUCGACAGCGACGACCUCUGCAGGAAACAGUGCGAGCCUGAGAGAAGUGCUGAUCAAUGCAACCUUCCUCUUGCCCCUGGCUCCUGCGCCGGCAACUUCCCGCGCUGGGGCUUCAACCCUGACAGCAAGCGCUGCGAACAGUUCACGUGGGGCGGCUGCGAGGGGAACUCCAACCGGUUCAGCACCGAGGCCGCCUGCAAGGAAAGAUGCGACCCGCCAGGCAGGCCUAAGACGGUAUGCCACGAGACUCAAGAAGUCGGGAAUUGCUCCGAGAAGAUCCCGGCGUGGUCGUUCAAUGAGACCGCUAAUCGAUGCGUGCCCUUCUACUAUUCUGGAUGUGGAGGAAAUGACAAUAGAUUCGCUUAUGAGUCCCACUGCUCGGAAACCUGCCCUCCGGCUUAUGUCAAGGACGUGUGCGAGUUGCCAGCAGAGAUCGGGGACUGCGCGGAAUACAGACAGAACUGGUAUUAUGACACAGCACAGAAGAGAUGUCUCCAGUUCUACUUCGGCGGCUGCGGCGGCAACGAGAACAACUUCCAGACUCUGCAGCAGUGCGAGGCUCGCUGCUCGGAACCGCAGACCACCACCACCACCACCACCGUGCAGCCGACGCAGCAACCAGCCUACAACCCCACUGGACAAGAAUUCUGCUUUAUGGAGUUGGACCCAGGUCCAUGUGACAAGCUGGAGACCCGAUGGGGAUACGAUUCCUCCCGAGGGCAGUGCACCACCUUCCAAUAUGGCGGCUGUGGCGGCAACAGGAACAACUUCCCCAACGCCGAGUACUGCCAGUACUACUGCAACAACCCGCAAGACAUCUGCCAGCUGCCAAUGCUAUCUGGUCCAUGCGACAGCUCCGAGAUGAAGUGGUUCUACGACCCGCGUUCAGAUUCUUGCAGCCAGUUCACUUACGGCGGCUGCGAAGGCAAUGGAAACAGAUUCGAUUCUCUGGAGGACUGCGAGAGACGUUGCCGUACAGGCCCUGCAGCAGCUACCGACACUACCACCACUACAACCACUCUUGCGCCGGUUGUACAACCUCAGAUUGAAGAAAUACCUCCAGAAUGCCAAGUGCCUCCAACCGCUGAAAAAUGCGUAGAGCCUGGUAUUGUGUGGUACUUAGACCCAGAGCAACGCGCGUGCGUGGCGUACGAGAACUCCAACGCCGGGUCGUCCUGUAGGAAUACAGGAGUCUUCCCCAGUGAAGAGGCGUGCAUGAGGACCUGUGGACCGUUCAGGAAUAUCGACGUAUGCGCAUACCCAGUAGACGCCGGUCCGUGUCGGGAACAGAUCCCCAAGUUCUACUUCGAGCGAGCAGCCGGCGCUUGCUUGGAAUUCUCAUUCGGCGGCUGCCACGGCGGCCCUAACCGGUUCUCCAGCCUCGACGAGUGCGAGCAGACCUGUGUGCCGCAGACAGAAGACCCAUGCUCCCAACCCCAAGAGCCUGGCAACUGCGUGUACAGCUACCCGAUGUGGUUCUACGACCAGACACGAGACGCCUGCGACCAGUUCGUAUACAGCGGCUGUAACGGCAACGACAACAGGUUCCAAACUCGCGAGGACUGCGAAGGUCGCUGCCAACGACUGCGUGCUACCACGCAUGCUCCAGUCGCUACUCGACAACCACAGCCUGAAGACGAGAACUGCCGCGUGCCGCCAUCUCUGGAGCCAUGUGGUGCCAACAUCACCGCUUUCUACUAUGACGUCUCUAGUAGGAGUUGCUUGGCGAGCGAAGUCGGGGGCUGCCGCUACCAGGGCACUUACCAGUCCGAAGAGGAAUGCGAGAGGAACUGUGGGGCCUUCAAAGGUCUUGGCAGUGACGUGUGCCGCUACCCCCUGGACGUGGGUCCGUGCAAGGCCUCGUUCCCGAAGGUCUACUUUGACCUGACUUCUGGCCGCUGCGAGGAGUUCGCGUACGGCGGCUGCGGCGGCGGACCCAACCGGUUCUCCACCGUCGACGAGUGCCAGCGGGUCUGCGCGCCUGUUGGACCUGAUCCCACGUGUCUAGAGACCGUGGAGUCAGGCGACACCGCGUGUAGCGAACUCUCCUCCCGCCGGUGGUACUACAGCCCUCAAGACGCCGAGUGCCUGCCCUUCAUCUUCACCGGCUGUGGGGGGAGCAACAACAACUUCUUCUCUAUCGAACAGUGCACUCUGCUUUGCAAGAGAGACUUUAUCUUCGAUUCAAGGGAGAACGAGGUGACUCCCGACUGCUCCGCGUUCAUCGAAGAAUGCGGACGUCUUCAAUGUCAAUUCGGCGUCCAGAAAUCCCACACGGCCGAUGGCUGCGAGCGAUGUUCCUGUGUCCAGGUGGAGGUGAACUGUGCGCAGCUGGAGCAGGACUGCGAGAAGCUCAAGUGCAUGUACAGAAUGGAGAAGACCGUGGGAGAGGAUGGUUGCACCAGAUGUCAAUGUAUCAGCCACCCAUGCCAAGACAAGGAAUGCCCGACUGGUGAACGCUGUGUGGCCUCUGCCUACCGCGACCCCAUCUCACAGGAGCUGCGAUACUCAGCGGACUGCAAGACAGUGAACAAGCCCGGCUCGUGCCCGGCAGAAGCUCUGACAUGGACAACAGAGACCCAGUGCCGCCGUGAGUGUAACGACGACGCGGACUGCCGCGGGGUCGGCAAGUGCUGCACCAGCGGCUGCAGCUACCUGUGCCUCGAGCCCGUCUCCACCAGCCCCUACCCCAGACCCACCACCUUCGCGCCUGAGCUGCCUCAAGCACCGCAAGCCAACCUAGCGACCCAGCCGGAAGUGACUGCAGAGGAGGGAGGAGUGGCCACGCUGCGCUGCCUGUUCCACGGCAACCCGCCCCCCACCAUUACCUGGAGGAGGGGGGAGAUCACGAUCGACGGCAGCGUCGGCCGCUACCGCCUGCUCUCCGACGGUGCGCUGGAAAUCGUGUCGCUGUACCGCAACGACUCGGGCGUGUACAUCUGCCUCGCCGAGAACGUGCACGGCAAGCAGCACCAGGAGAUACGGCUGCAGAUCAACGAUCCCGUGGAACUGCCGGCGGGCAUAUCUGGCGACGCCAAUGCAGAGGUGACUGGCGACUUGGGACGAAGCAUCAGCCUCCGAUGUAUGGCGUACGGAUAUCCGACUCCGACCGUCGUGUGGCACCGGGGCGUGUCCGGGCCCAUGGUGCCGUUCAGCAGUUCGUUAUAUGAAGCGAGGGGCAACGUACUGCUGAUAAGGAAGUUGAACGAAGACACUCUGGGAGAGUACACUUGUGAGGCGUACAACGGCAUUGGGAAGCCGACGUCGUGGUCUAUAGUGGUGAAGGCGUACCGGCCCGAGUCCCGCUGGGUGUACCCGUCUGCCCAGGAGGUGCUGAUAACUCAGAGAGCACCAGAUACCACCACCACUACCUAUGUGCCGGAGAUCACGGUACCUGUGUACACCGUGCCGGUGAAGACCCGGAUAACGUCUGAAGACACGACUCUGUCCCCGGGCGCGGAACUGAACCUGCGCUGCGAGGUGGACGGCUACCCGCUGCCCAACACCUACUGGACCAAGGACGGGUCGCCGCUCUCGCCCAACCAGAGGACGCAGAUCACAGAAACGCGCCUUACGAUAUCCGGCCUCACGUCCGCCGACAGCGGCCUGUACGGCUGCCACGCCAGCAACGCGUACAGCUCCGACCAGAACACGGUCAACAUCAGCGUGAAAGGAAUUUACAUCCCGGCUAAGUGCACGGACAAUCCAUUCUUCGCAAACUGCCAUCUUAUCGUACAAAGCAAAUUCUGCCAGCACAAAUACUACUCACAGUUCUGCUGCAAGUCGUGCAUGCAAGCUGGACAACUGGACCCUCGGGACUUCGAGCUGCAAGCCGACCAGUCCUGGGACAAGAAGUAACCCUCUGGCGGGAACUAGCUCUAAGUGUUAGUAUUUUUGUUUCAAAUCUCUAUUUUUCCACAAAGAGAGUAUUUUAGUAUUUAUGACGAAUAGGAAAUUAUUUUUCGGUCAAACUCGAUGGGCCCAACUAUACCAGUUUGUUGUCACACGUGCCAUAGUAGUGAAAGUUCAUCACAAUAUAUUCCUCUUCAAGAAUUCCAAUUUUAUUUUGUGAGUUUUGUGUGAUUGUGAACUUAUGAUUAUAUAACGUUAAGUAAGUUUGCGUGACGCUUUCAAUGUACACACUGUGUUACGAUACCAAUAGAUGCUAUUUACUGUAGAUAUAAUACUUUAAUACUAUGUAAAUACAUUAAAGUCACAAAUAGCACCAUCUGUGAUGGGUGAAGUCUCGCGAAGCAUUCGUGCGAAUAAAUUAUUUAUACCAUAAAAUCUGAAUGUUAGUAUUGUAGGGAUAAGCUAGAAACAGUGUUAGUCAUAAUAAUAAUAUGUUAAGGAUUUUUUAUAAUGUGACCAUGUAAAUAGACCAGCAAUAAAAAGCCUUAUUAGUGAACGUUGUUUUAUUUAUACAUUGUAAACCACGACUUACAUAACACACUUGUUUCAUUUGAUACAAAUUAUAAUACACACGUAUCUAAUAAGUAUCUAGUAUUCAGUCCGAGAAGAUCGGUUCAAAUGUUAUCACAGGCUAC